UUGGUCACACUGGCGAUUGCUGCAGUAAAAAAUAUUAUAUUUUGUACGUUUAAUUUGUUCUAAAUGCUGUAAUAAUACUACAGAAAACCGCAAAACGCAACAAUUUAUGAACACACUGCCUAAACAGUACCAUGGAUUGCAAUCUAGGCAGCGAAAUUGGCCAGAAAAUGCGCAGCGCUGUAAAGGCGAAACUGCUUGAAUUGGGCACAGGCGGCUCUGCCGGCUUCAUUGACGACGAGCUGCCUGACUAUGUGAUGGUCAUGGUGGCCAACAAACGCACCAAACAACAAAUGAACGCCGAACUGAAUCUGUUCCUGGGGGAUCAAACGGAUCUGUUUGUCACCUGGUUGCACGAGGUGCUUCAGAAGCUGCAGGAAGUCACCCUACCAGCCUCAGGUGCUGGCAGUAAAAAACGCAAAUCACGUCAAGCCGAGGCGCCCAAAGCAAAGGACAAAGACAAGGAUAGAAAGGGCCGAGACAAAAAGGAUAAGAGAACACAUCGAAAAUCCGGCGACAGCGAACAGUUGAACUCAUCUGCAGAACAGACAAGAUCAGCGGAAUCGAUGCCGGUAAUUAGCUCCAUUACGGAUGUCUUUGCCGAGGAGCUGCUGGAAAAAGCCAAAAAGACGCUCGAUUUGGAUGACGAGCUGUUGCUCAAAAAGAAGAAACGCAAGUCAACCGAGGAGGAUGAGCAACCACAACUGGUGACACAGGAGACCACAAAGGAAUUAGACUUGCCAGUCACGUCAGAGAUUAGCUCCACAACCAGUGGCAAUCGGGAGAAGGAUAUUGCCGAACUGGCCGAAAUACAGCGCAAGAUCUACGCGGCCAAGCAGCAUCUGCGCCAGAUUGGCGAACUGGACGACGAAAGCGACGAGGAUGAGCUGGACGACCAACAGCUUGACAACGAUCUGCUAAAUGUCAACGAGCAGCAUGAAACCAUUGCCAAGGAUUGCAUGCCAGUAACAGCAGCUGCAGCAGCGCCAGCAGCAGAAGCAAACUACAGCUCUGGCACACGCAGAGCUAAGAGUCCCAUUGUAUUUAAUAGGACGUCCGAACCGGCGGCAGCUAGAGAGAAACCAAACAAAACCCCAACUGAACCAGCAGUGCAGUUGCAAAAAUCCAGUGACGAGCGCUCAGAGCGUCGAUCGGUGCACGAGCGUCUUGGCUGCAAGCCCAUCAGCCAAAGCCAAGCAGCAGCCGUACAGUCGCUAACGCCGCCAGAGCGUUCGCAGCGCUCGCAGAAGGAGCUGGAGCUUUAUGUGCCAGCACAUCGACGUCGCAGCGAACAGCAGCAGCCGCAGCCGAAUGAGGAAAGUAAGAAAGUUGAGCGUGGCCGGGAACGGAGCCAACGCAACGAGAGUCAGCCAAGUCGCCGGCGGGAGCGGGAAACAUUGCGCAGUCGCCGCACGCCGAGUCGAAGUCGCAGUCCGGAGGCCAACUACAAGCAUCGCAUUGGGUCGCGCGUCAUUGUGGCGAUUAACAAGCCACCAGAGCCAUCCGAUGAUGAGGAUAUUCUGGAGAAGCCAGUCAAUUCGGUGAUUAAAAUCAAACCACGACCAACGGUUUCGCCACGUCGCCAGGCCUGCAAGAAUCUGCUGCUGCGCGCCGUUGCGGAUGCACAGCGAUCCACAAUUCUGGCCAAGCCGACAGCGACGCCAUCGACUGGAGUGGUGACUUCGAAGACACAAGGCAAUGGAGACGAGCCGGAGCUGAUCAGCUCCACGAUGGGUAAACGUCGCCUAAAUGAUUCCGUUGGUAGUGGCGCUGGCAAGGAGCUUUUCCGGCGCAGCCGCCGUGAACUGAUGGUCAAUGUGCUGCACCAGGAGAGCAAAAGAAUGCGUCACUCGAUCGAGCCACAAACGGAGCUGGUGGCCAAGGAGCUGGAGGAGGAGGAGGAGGAGUAUGUGCCCAGCUUAAGUGUAGGUGACUAUGAGACAUACGUGCCACAGUUGGUGGAAAACUUGGACAUGGGCAUGGACAUUGAUAUGCAUGUGGAGAAAUCGGCCAGCAGCUUGGCCGCCUCCUCAGCCGGUCUAGCCAAGACACAGUUUGUCGUCACUCUGAAUGGCGAUCAUUCGCUGAGCAAGGCUGCAGUUGCCGCCGCUGCUGCGUAUCGCAAGCGUUCGCGGAAACGGACGCCAUCGCCGCAAGUUUCCUCGACGAGUUCGACAAACGUUCAGCUGCUGAGCGCUGAGCCUACCUCAACGACCUGCGCUUCUUCAACUAACAGCAACAACAGUCGGGACAGGCGGACCAACAAGUCGAAGCGUGCUCGCAGCUCCUCCCGAUCUUCGCCCUCCACUUCGAGCAAUACGCCGCCGCAGAAGCCAUCGCGUAGUCUUCGGCGCAGCGAGGUGUUGCGGCAGGCGCAGGAAAUCAAGAAGAUCAUCAUCAAAAACGAUGCGGAUGACGAUGAGGAUGAGGAGCAUCAGCAGCAGCAGCAGCAAAUGCAUGCAUCGCCGCGGAAACGUACUCAAAAGAAACGUUUGGGCAGCAACAGCACUAACAUGACCCUGGCAUCCGCUUUCUCAAACACUUCCAAUGAACUCAAGGCUGACUCAAAAACGCAGUUGGAGGAAAUUAAUCGCUCGACAACGCCGCCACUGCCACCAAAGCGGCCAGAGAAACGCGAUAUUAGUCACGAGAAAUCAUCAAUAUCGUCUGCAACUGCAGCGGCAGCUGCCACAACUCUGGAGGCACCUGCCAAAGCGAAGCACACGCCCAUACGCUUCAAGCUCAAGCAGGAGGAGGAACAGGCGCAGAAGAAUCAUCGCUCCGGCAGCAAAGAUCGUGACUCCUCAACCGAGCGACGACGAAUCUCUAUACGCAAUGCUGAGGAUCGCAAAUACGACAAUCUGCCCGCACUAAGUGCGGUCAGUGUCGAUUCAACAGUUUUGAAGGUGACCAAGCCGAAGGAGCGCUGCAAAUACCAUCCAAAUUGCAGCAAACAAUUCUGCGAAUAUUAUCAUCCAUCGGCGCCGUGCAAAUCGUUUCCCAACUGCAAAUUCGCCGACAAGUGCAUGUACUCGCACCCCAAGUGCAAAUUUGAUUUGGCCUGCAUGAGCAUCGAUUGCAACUUUGCGCACAGUGGCACACGCGAACUCAGCCACGUGCAGCUAACUGCGCCUCCCCUUUCAUCGCAUGUGAUACCUGUGCAGAACUACAAAUCAAUAUCGGCACCGGCGACAGCGACCACAGCGACGACCAUGUGCAAAUACUAUCCAAACUGCACCAAGGUGGGCUGCACGUUCUAUCAUCCGAAGCCGUGCCGUUAUGGCAAGAAUUGCAUUAAUAAGUUUGAGUGCAUCUUUUAUCAUCCGGAAAUGCAAAGCAAAUUCAAAUGGGUAGCGUCACUGGGCUAGGCUAAGGAAAGCCGCACGAGCAGCACUCUUUCUUUAGCAUUUAUUAUUUAGCGAAUUAUUAAUGACUAUCCUCCUACUAUUCACAAAAAAAAAAAAAAAAAACAAAUACAAUAUCGUAAAACUACAGAAAAUGUUUCACAAAUAUGCGCUAGAAUUCUAAUUACUAAUUGCGAAUUUUUUUAUUAUUUAUUUUUAUUUACUUUCAUUUGUGAAUUUUAUUAGUCCACUAAUUGCAUAUUUAAAAUUUUAUACUCUAGGCGUUAGCUCGUGAAAAGAACAAGAAAAAAAAAACAAUUAAACAAUUGAAACUGUUGAAAGAUUUGUUGCAUUAUGUUAAAAGGCAUCUUCCUCUAUAUCUGAACUGUAUCCGUCAUUUAUAAGUCGGUAAAUAAAAUUUAGCAGUGUACUUGCUACAAAUUGGAUAUUUAAAAUUGUUUCAUUUCCUUCGCC